AUGGCGGGUCUUCACCGGCGCAUUCUCUUCGCGUCUGGGGCGUUGGGGAUCCUCGGGCUUGCCGUCCUGUUUCAGGUCUACGUAUACACCCAAUACCCCACACACCGGUCUGUGAACCGUCUGCUUGACUUCCUGUCUUACCUCAUCUCCUUCGCCGCCCUGCCCGUGAUUCGGCAGUUCUUCACAAUCAACGAGACGUUCUGGGAUCAGGAUCACGAGCUUCAAGGGCUGAAGGCAGGCGUCGAUGUCUACCGAGAUAAAUACGGCGUUCCGUACAUAUUCGGACACAACGUGAACGACGUAAACUAUGUUCAAGCCUUCAUUGAAUAUACAGAGAGGCCCUUCCAGCUCGAGUUUCUGCGUCGGCUGGCGACGGGUCAGCUCGCUGAGACGCUAGGCGAGGAGCUCCUCAGCGCGGACUUUAUCUCUCGGCUCCUCGUGGACCGCGAGGCGGUGGAGAAAAAACUCAAGGAACUCGCCCCGGAUGCGCUCUUCCACAUUCACCAUCUUGCGCGAGCGUGGAACGAAGCGGCGGCGAAGCUCCAGGCGCGGCCGAUCGAGUUCGCGUUGCUCGACUGGCAACCCCACACUUCGUGGACGCCGACGGAGAUCCUUCAGGUCUCGUCGACGGUCUCGUUUUUUCUCAACCGGGGCUUCACAGUGGACUUCUGCCGCGCUCUGCUCAAGAAGGAACUCCGGUCCUACUGGAAAGCUUUCGACAUCCGGCUGUCGGAUCCGCGCAUUCCCUUCGUGAACUCCGAGGGCUUCUUUCCGUCGCUCUUCGACCAGCGCGGGGUCCGCGUGGCCUACGGGUCUCCAGGCCCGCCAGACGACGCCUGGGCCCGGCGCAGGCCGCCCGCGUCUCCGGCAGACGGGGGCGCAGACGCGCAGUCCCCGUCGCGGGCAGCGGCGCCAGCGGCGAAGGCAGAGCGCACCGCGGAGGCCGACGGGCGCGCAGAAGCGCCGCGCUCGCAGACACAGAGCCAAGCCCAGCAGGCAAAGCAUCCCCGAGGCGCGGCGCAGGCGCCGCGGGCGAAAAGAGACUCCGGCAUCUCACUCGGCAAAUGGGGAGGAAGCAACGGCUGGGCUGUCGCCGGCAAGUACAGCGCGUCAGGUCACCCGAUCCUCGCGGGCGACCCGCAUCUCGAGGCCACGGCCCCAGGCACGUCCUUCUGGCUUCCGCUGUUCCGCGCCGUUGGGCCUUCCGCGCUCCUGACAACUCCGCCGUGGGUGGCGGACGGCGCCAAGGCCUCCGCCAGUGCGCCUGCAGACUCGCACGCGGCGCCUGGCGACAAGGCCGCCGCUGCGCAGGAGCAGCCCUCGCGCCUGACGGGGGCGGGAUUCGUCGGGUUCGCGACUGUCUUCAUUGGGCACAACGGUCAGACAGCCUGGACGCAGACCGUCGCGCACACAGACAUCGAGGACUUGUUCCUCGUGAAGCUCGACGGCUCCGGAGAACACUAUUUUUACGACGGCCGCUGGGUCCCCCUGCGCAUGCGCGUUGAAGCGAUCGCCGUGCGGGGUUUCGAGAAGCCCGUCAAUUACCUCCUUCGGUACACGCACCAUGGGCCGCUCAUCAGCGACGCCUACGAGGAGCUGCAGGCGCUGCUGCAGCCCGACGAAGCUCUCGCCUUUGCGUCCGCUGCAAUUCGGUCGCCGCCAGCAAUGGGGUUUGGACCGACGCUGAACUUCGGAAAGGACUGGCGCGACUUGCUCAGCGUGUCGAGAGCCAAUCCGCAGUCGGAGUUCGUCACAGUCUGGGCGACCCGCGAAGGAGACAUCGGCGCGUCGCUGAGUGGCGGCGUCCCUGUACGAGCCAAGGCGAGCGACGCCGAAGGCGACUUCAGAGAUGGGUCGAGUUCUGCAGCCGACUGGAACGGCAUCAUCACGCCGGAGAGUCUCCCGCACGUGAUGAACCCGAAGGAAGGCUUCGUCGCCUCGGCGAACUGCCAAAUCGCCCCAGACCCCGACGACCUCCUUGGCCAGGUCUACGUGCCCGGCAACCGGAUUCGGCGAAUACACGAAAGACUCCGCGAUUUGAUUCGGCGGAAAAAGAAGAUUACCGUGCAGGACAUGAUGGAGAUGCAGCUCGACGUCGAAAGUAUCAACGGACGGGAAUUUCGCGACUACGUCCUCCGCAAGCUCCUCUUCGCCUUCGGCGCGCCGUCGCCAGGCGCAGCACCCACGGGCACAGCAGGAACAGACGAAGCAACUGAAGAAGCAAAAGAAGGCGAGUUGCAGGAGCAGACCAAACGUGAAGAGGCAGAGCGAGGCAGAUCGCCUCCUGGCUCGCUGGAGAUCGAAGCCACGCGCCAAGCCUGCGCGAAAGAAGGUCUGACGCAGAGCGACGGAGACCUUCUGGCUGAUAUUUUCCGCGACUGGGAUGGCCGCAUGAACGGCGACUCCACGGCCGCCACGGUCUACGAAGUCUGGAUCCAGUGGCUGCUGCAGGAGCUCUUCAAACUUCACAACUUUUCGGAUCUCGCGCUCUUUGUCGUGGCAGGCGGCGGACUCCACUCGAUCUGGCUUCCGCGGACUGAGAUGCUGAAUCACUGGAGAGGCAAUUUGAUGCGGGCUCUCGAGACCGGCGACCGAGUGAUUACAGACGUGACGACGCCGGUCGCGCUGCUGUGUAGGGGCGCGGCGUCCGCGCUGCGGUGGCUGAGAGAGCGAUACGGGGACGCGCGCGCCUGGCGCUGGGGCUCUGUGCGGGCGCGCUUCUUCACGCACAUCCUCGGCGAGGCCGUUCCGCUUCUGCGGCACUCCGCAUCCAUCGGGCCUCUGAGCUGGGGCGGGAACUAUGGCACGGUUCGCGCCCACCACAGCGAGCCUCAUGUCCUCAGUCACGAGACGCCGCGAGAGAGCCAGUACACGAAAGGACUCGACACUCCAGCCUUCCGAAUGGUCGUCGAUACGGGGAACUUUUCAAACAGCUUCUGGGCCUUCGCGCCGGGCGUCUCGGGCUGGGUCGGCAGCCGCCACUAUGACGACAUGGCGCAGACCAUGGAGGAAGGACAAGGCCGCUGGUGCGACCACUUUAGCUUCGUUUCGGGGAUUUUGUCGCGGGCUUUGCCUCGCGUUUCACGGGUGGCUCCUGCCACGGCCAUCGCCUCGGGAGUCAGCGGGUGUGACUUUUUUUCCUCAGAGUUCAUGGUGCCGAUGCUCUGGACAGACGAGCAGAUCGCCGCUGCCGCAGUCACGCACGCGCGGUUCCUCCCUGCGGGGGCCAAGGGCCUCGAACCCAGCAGCGCGCGAGGCGCCCGCGUCAACGUGGAGUUGUAG